CUGGGGCGCCCAUCUCCCACCCAGGAGCACACACACUGUGUGUUUGCGUGUGUGACACCUGUGUGUGUGUGUGUGUGUGUGUGUGUGUGUGUGUGUGCGUGCGUUUGUUGUCGUGUGCACAUGUGGCAAUUGACAUUUUCAGACUUGGAGCUCGGCCGGGUCGAGAGUGUACUGUGGCGAAAGGCACUCCCGAGAGGGUUUUCACUUCCGGGAGCACUUCCGAAAAUUUUCCAAAGUCAGGAGUGGUGUGGCGAGGGCCCAGAGAGAGAGAGAGAGAGAGAGAGAGAGAGAGAGAGAGAGAGAGAUUCCUAGAAGAUUGCUUCAGGUAAGCUGAGACCGAUUGCAAACUGAUGUGUGUGUGUGUGUUUGAGAGAGAGAGAGAGAGAGAAAGAGAGAGAGAUUCCUGGAAGAUUGCUUCAGGAGGUAACUAGCUAGGCUGAGACCCAUUGCAAACUGAUGUGCUUCUAAUGAGAGAGAGAGAGAGAGAGAGAGAGAGAGAGAGAGAGAGAGAGAGAGAGAGAGAGAGAGAGAGAGAGAUUGCUUCAGGAGGUUACUAGCUAAGCUGAGACCCAUUGCAAACUGAUGUGCUUCUAAUAACUUCAGAGUUGUGAGUCUUCGGAGUGCGAACGCUGACGCACUUCUUCUAGCGAGCUCGGAUUGACCGGGUCAGACGAAGAGGUAGCUGCCAGCCUUUCUCGUGUCGAAUUGACGAAGAGAUAGGUGCAGCUAAGAUGGCUGCUGCUUACACGUUUGCGAAUGCCGCAACCGGAACAGCUACAGUGAGGAUGACGUCAUUGGAAAGGGUCGCGAUCUCGACCGAACGCUAUGGCAAUCCAUCGGGUUGCACGUGUGGUCUUCGUCUUCCUCCUCCUCGUCCUCCGCGUUCCUCUUCUUGGUCUUGCUGUGAUGCAACAGCUGUGCAUGAUCUCGUUGGCAGGAACUCGUCGAACGUGACGAGAACAGCAGUUUUAGCGGGGCCUUCCAGCUUGGAGUACAUCUCGUCUAUGAUCAGCAGCACCACGAGGAGGAAGCGGACGUCAGCACGGAUAGACCGGGCAAGGAAAACUGCAACGAGAGCGUCAAGUCGGGAUCAGGAUCGCUCGUUACUACCGUCCCUAUUUCGCGCAUGGCGCGCCGGUCAACCGCAAGAUCUGUCCAAGGCCUCUAACCACACGUGUCUGACGAGUUACUGCCGUCAAGCUCCCGAUCGCAUGCAGCGGCAGAGGCAAGCGUACCUCCGAAAUCAGCAUAUACUACCUUCCUCCUCUUGGGGAAGGCGAUGGGCAUGUCCAGGUCGGGAUCUGAAUAACACAGUCGGUGUGUCUGAACGUGCUGCGUCUUCAACUUGCGACGCGUCGUCGCGACCUUGGUCGGUGUCGGCCAACAUCUCGGCCGGCGAGCAGAAAGGGCAGGAAACCUCCGCUAAACGCGACACUGAUGCUGGGACCACUGAGAAUGGGGUCGGGAGCCGGACGGAUGGUCAGGGGAUGAGGAAUUCAACUGCUCAGAUCCUCGAUAUCGAUCCUGAGAGACUCGAUCCGCGUGUCGCGAGAGACCCAAAGGGUUAUUACGUUCUCAAGGAGAAGUAUCGCAAGGGUAUUAAUCCCAUCGAGAAGUUAAAGAUUGCAAAGGAUCCUAUGGAGAUUGUCGUGGAGAAUAGGAUUAAUGAAGUGGCAGAUGUCAACUUUGAGGAACUGGAUGCUACCAAGGAGGGGAAGGAUGAUAUAGACACAAGAUUCAAAUGGCUUGGGCUUUUCCAUCGUCGGAAGCAUCAAUAUGGACGGUUUAUGAUGCGGCUGAAGCUCCCAAAUGGAGUGAUAAACAGCAGACAGACUCGGUUCCUUGCAAACUGUAUCAAGAAGUAUGGUCCAAAUGGCUGUGCUGAUGUCACAACCCGUCAAAACUGUCAGAUCAGGGGUGUGGUGAAUGAAGAUGUUCCGGCAAUUCUGAAAGGGCUUUCACAAGUUGGCCUGACGUCCUUGCAGAGCGGAAUGGAUAGCGUCAGGAAUCCAGUGGGCAAUCCCCUUGCAGGAAUCGAUCCAUCCGAGAUCAUUGAUACCAGGCCAUACAAUCAGGCGCUGAGCAAUUAUAUCACCGGAAAUGGAACCGGAAAUCUCGAAAUCACAAAUCUGCCAAGGAAAUGGAAUGUGGCUGUCGUUGGCAGCCAUGAUCUCUACGAGCAUCCACACAUCAAUGAUCUAGCAUACAUCCCGGCGAUGAAGGAUGGCAAGAUGGGAUUCAACCUGUUAGUUGGCGGUUUUUUCAGCCCAAAGAGAUGUGAGGAGGCAAUACCAUUGGAUGCAUGGGUGCAUGAGCAAGAUGUGGUACCUCUCUGCCAUGCAGUUCUGACGACGUUUCGUGACCUUGGGGCACGGAGCAACCGCCAAAAGUGUCGGAUGAUGUGGCUUAUUGACGACCUGGGAGUGGAGUGUUUCAGGCAAGAGGUGGAGAAGCGAAUGCUCCCAAGCAAGGUCCUUGAACGAGCAGCGCCUGAAGACUUGAUCAACCAGUCGUGGAAAAGAAGGGACUAUUUUGGCGUUCAUCCUCAAAAACAGCAAGGCCUUAGCUACGUUGGAAUACACAUUCCAGUAGGCCGUCUGCAGGCCUGUGAUAUGUAUGAGCUAGCUCGGAUUGCAGACGAAUUCGGCAAUGGUGAGUUGCGUUUGACUGUGGAGCAAAACAUGAUUAUACCAAAUGUCUGCAAUGAGCGGGUAGAGAGACUGCUUGCCGAGCCGCUGCUGAAAAAGUUCAGCCCGGUGCCAAGCCGUUUCAUGUCAGGACUGGUUGCAUGCACAGGAAACCAGUUCUGUGGGCUCGCUCUGAUCGAGACAAAACAGGCUGCACUCAUGCUUGCCCAGUCUUUAGAGGAGACGAUUGAAGUUCCCCAUGCAGUGAGAAUGCACUGGACUGGAUGUCCCAACUCAUGUGGCCAGGUACAGGUGGCAGAUAUUGGAUUCAUGGGGUGUGGAGGCGUAAAGGAUGAGAAUGGUAAACCAUGCGAUGCGGUUGAUAUCUUUAUUGGUGGAGGGGUUGGAACAGGUUCGCAUUUGGGAAAACUUGUGAGGUCUGCUGUCCGAGUGAAGGAGUUAUUGCCCACCGUCCAAGAUCUGUUGAUCGAGCACUUCGGCGCGACUCGGAAACAGCAGUAGUAGUAGUGGAAACGGGGUGGAGCAGCAGCAGUUCUACCACCAGUACAGUAAUACUAGCAGCACCAGCAGCAGUACUGGGUUCGCACUUGGGAAAACUUGUGAGGUCUGCUGUCCAAGUGAAAGAGUUAUUGCCCACUUUGAUCGAGCACUUCGGCACGACUCGGAAACAGCAGUAGUAGUUGUGGAAACGGGGUGGAGCAGCAGCAGUUCUACCACCAGUACAGUAAUACUAGUAGCACCAGCAGCAGCACUGGCAACAGAGUAGUAGUAGUAGUAGUAGCAGUAGUAGUAGUAGUGUAAUGGUGGUGUUGGCAAUUGAUAAUACAAAGAUAAUACAAAGA